UGUCGGCGACGUCGUGAGACAUGAACGUGAUUUUUUGUUGAAUUUGAGCCUUAGCAAAAAUAUUUUCUUUGAGCUGAAGAUGAUUCAAAAGUGAUAUAUCGCUUAUUUACCCUAAUUAAAACAAUGGCGGUCUCAUUUUGUGGCAGAAGACUAUUAUUAACGAGGAAUAACCUUUUUAAAUCACAAAAAAGAAAUGGGUACAUCGUAUUACUGCCUGAAAUUGGAGAAGAUUUAACAGAAAAAAAUCCACUGCUUUCGGAAGAAACUAAAUUGCCAGAUUUUAAAAAGGUCACGAUUGAAAGAUGUAUCGCUGCUGUUAAUAAGCAAACAGUGGAUUUCGAACAAGGCGUCAAGAGCUUGGAGAAAAAAAUUGAAAAAAAAGAAAACUCAAACGUUAUCGCCGAUCUGCUAAAUCCUCUCGAGGAACUUGAAGUUCCUUUGGAAUCAACCUGGGGAGUCACCAAGGCAUUAUGUUUUGGAGAUAAACGUCGAAUGCCUACACAAUGUUACGAAAAUAUAGACAGACGGGUAAGGACAGCUUACUCUUAUAAACAUUGUAGUAAAACUAUUUUCCAAGCCUGCAAAUCUUCACUGGAAAAUGAAGAAAACAAGUUCACGAAAGAGCAGGAAAGAUUGCUCUCUAAAUUUAUAUUGGAGGGAAGACUCAAUGGGUUAGAUAUAAAAACUAAAAAAGUCCAAGACAACCUUACUUAUACUUACGAAGAGAUUGGGAAGCAACAAAAGUUAUUCCGAGAAAGACUUGAGGCUGCUACGAGAAUGUAUUCUCAAAUAAUAGAUGAUCGUGGAGCAAUGAGAGAUUUUCCAGAAGAAUUUUUAAAGCGCGUAGCUGCAGAUCCGAACCAUCCUCGUCAAGGUCCUUGGAAAAUUACUUUACAAUCUUUCAUCGCAUCGACAUUUCUAGAAUACUGUUCCGAUAGAAGUUUGAGGAAAGCUUUGUGGAAAUCCAAAGUCUUGAGAUGUUCUUUAUACGGAGAUAGGCAGUCUCAAAAUAGUACACCUCUUGAAAACAUCAGAGGAUCUCGAAACGAGGUGGCACAAGCUUUAGGCUACAAAUCUUUUGCACAUAUGAGUAUGGAAACCAAAAUGGCUGGCAGUUUAGAAAAUAUUUACGACGUGUUCGAAACUUUACGGCAAUCAGCACUCCCAGCUCAAGAACGCGAAAUUGCAGAACUGUACAGCUUCGCAAAAGAGAGGGGUUUUGAAGGAGAUCGGAUAAGGCAAUGGGAUAUUGCUUACUGGUCAAGAAAGCAACGACGUGCAAUUUUCCAGUAUGAAGAAAGCGUCGUGCAAGAAUAUUUUCCCUUGCCUAAGGUUUUAGAGGGACUAUUUAAACUUGCCGAAACGUUGUUCCACAUAAAAAUUGUCAAAGGGCCAAAACCAAGUGUCUGGCAUGAGGAUGUUCGAUUUUUUAAUGUUUGCGAUUUGGAGAACUCUGAUGCGGAACCCAUAGCAAGUUUCUAUUUCGAUCCUUAUCUCAGAGAAGAUAAAAUGCAAGAAGGUCAACAUGAUGGUUGGAUGAUCGGCAUAAGAAAUAGAAGCAAAAUUUGCGAUGUCAAUCCUUUAGCCGCGAUGGUAUUCAAUUUCCAGCCGCCAGAAGCGGGGAAACCUUCGCUUCUAACGUUCGAGGAUGUCGAAGAAUUAUUCAGAAAGUUUGGUAAGGGAUUCCAACAUCUUCUAACGACAGUGAAUUACACAGAACUGGCUGGUUUAUCGAACGUGGAAUGGGAUGCAUCUGAAAUUAGCGCUCAUUUUAUGGCCAACUGGAUCUACGAACCCACCAUAAUAUCAGAAAUCAGCGGACACUACAAAACUGGAGAGCCAUUGCCUCAAGAAACAAUCGAAAAUCUUAAAAACUUCAGGAAACACAUGGCAGGAUACAGACUUUGUGAAAAGCUUUACUUAUCUCAUUUUGAUUUAGAAUUACACGAAAAGCCAGAGUUUUGGGUGCAAGUUAUGAAUCGUCUAUGGAGAAGAUAUUUCGUUAUCCCAGAAUUCAAGGAAGACUCGCAUGUUUGCUCGUUCAGCGAAAUAUUCUCCGGAAGCUUGGGCGCAGCUUAUUACAGUCACCUUUGGUCUGAGAUGAUCGGCGCUGACAUUUUUAGUGCAUUUCAAGAAGUUCCCGUAGACGACAAAGCCCAUCAAAAAAUUAUUGGGCGCAGGUAUCGAGACACGUUCCUUGCCCUAGGAGGCAGCUGCUCAUCAAACGAAAUUUUCAGGAGGUUUAGAGGACGAGAUCCAAGUGCUAAGGCGCUUUUAAAAAAUCUCGGAUUGAAAACAGUUAUGUCUGAGAAACAAAUACAGGCUUAAUUAUUCGUACCAGUGAUUUUUACAAUGACAAAACAGAUCAAUUAUCAGCAAAAUAAUCAUUAAUCAUACAAGACACUCAAUGCUCAUGAAUUUGUAAAAUAUCUUUAACUGGAGUAACUAGAGUUUGUGAAUGUAAAAUUUGAUCAAUUACUCAUAAAGUGAAUACAUUUAUUAAAGAAUUGAA